UCGUAUUGUCAUCAGUGGGUGGCGCUGUUACACUGUCAAUACUGCAAUGUGCGCUGGAGAGGAUCUUUUCAACAUAUUCACAGUAAAAACCCUGAAAGGGGAUGAAGUGACGGACUGGAUAGUGUUUUAUCAGCCGCCGUCUUACUCAACAAAUGCUUUUUUGAUCCAAGGAGAGGAGAAAUUCAAACCAUUUACAGGGAUUUCUUCGCAUAUUUCUAAAAAAUCGUUUUGUCAAACGAUGGAUAUCAAAAGACAAUGGAGGGACGGGCGCUUUUCUCUUUGUUUGGCGCUGCUAAUACUGACUAGAUUUGAUGAGAUUUCCGCUCAACUACGAUAUUCUAUCCAAGAGGAAUUAAAACCAGGAUCAGGUGUUGGAAACGUGGCCAAAGACCUUGGUUUGGAUUUGAAAGGAUUGACGGAUAGAAAUCUGCGCGUUGUGUCGGGAACAAAGCAGGAUCUGUUUGAGGUAAAUCCGACCGAUGGAGUUUUGUUCGUGAAGCAGAGAGUAGACCGAGAGGAGCUGUGCGCAAACGCCGCUCCGUGCGUCACAAAUCUGAAAGCUGUGGUUUCAAAUCCGCUGGAAAUGCAUCAGAUUUCUGUGGAAAUCCUGGAUGUAAAUGACAAUUCACCGACAUUCCCUGAAGGAAAUUACACACUGGAGGUGCUGGAGUUGGCUGCUGUUGGCUCUCGAUUUCAAAUGGAGGGAGCGCAUGAUCUGGAUGUCGGGCCGAACUCCAUCAAUUCGUAUAAAAUAAACCACAAUCAGUAUUUUGCGCUUGAAACGGAAGAUUUUGGGGAAGAGGGGAAAGUCCCCUUCCUUGUUUUGCAGCGACCCUUGGACAGAGAGCACACGGCUCGGCAUGCAUUAAAAAUCACAGCAAUAGAUGGAGGAAAACCACCUAAAUCCGGUAUUCUUAAUAUUACUGUUAUUAUCUCAGAUGUUAAUGACAACCCACCCGUGUGCGACAAACAAAAAUACACAGUUACAGUAAAAGAAAACGCACCUGCGGGGACAUAUCUGUUGACAGUAAACGCCUCUGACUCUGAUGAGGGCGUGAACAGUGAGAUUGAAUAUUCUUUUAGAAGUAAAUUCAGAGGAUUAACGUCGGAUCCGUUUGCUUUGAACAGUAAAACUGGAAAACUAACUGUGAACGGAAGCCUCGAUUACGAGGAAAAGCAGGUGUACGAGAUAAACGUGAUGGCUGCGGAUAAAGGGGCCGUGUCCCUCUCCUCAAACUGCAAAGUGAUCAUAAGAGUGGAGGACGUCAAUGACAAUCAGCCUGACAUUGACAUCACCUCCCUGUCGAGUCACAUAGCAGAGGACGCGCCUCCCGGUACUGUGGUGGCCUUGAUGGGGGUGACAGAUCGUGACUCAGGUGUGAAUGGACAGGUGCUUUGCAGCAUGCCAGGUGAUAUGCCGUUUGAGCUGAAGCCAUCACCUGACGGACAGUCGUACGCAUUGAUAACAAAGGAUUAUCUGGAUAAGGAGACAUCUGAUGUUUAUAGCAUUACAAUAACAGCAAAAGAUUUAGGACAUCCAGUUCUGUCAUCUACAAGAGUGAUAAACGUAGAAGUGAAAGAUGUGAACGACAACAGUCCUGUUUUCUCUCAAAGCCCUUACACUUUUUAUGUGAUAGAAAACAACAGAGCUGGGAUGUCCAUCUUUUCAGUGAGUGCAAGUGACAAAGAUAGAGCUGAAAAUGCAGAAAUAACUUAUUCACUAGAUCGGAAAAGUUCAGGCUCAACCGUGACGUCAUUUUUAAAUAUAAACGAAGUUAAUGGCACGAUUUCUGCUCUGAAAAGUUUUGACUUUGAAAGUGUGAAAAUGUUCCAGUUCCACGUUGUUGCCACAGAUUCUGGAAGUCCUCCUCUGAGCAGCAACGUGACAGUGAACGUGUUCAUUCUGGAUCAGAACGACAACGCUCCAGUCAUCCUGUAUCCAGUCAGCUCCAACGGUUCUGCUGAAGGGGUGGAGGAGAUUCCCCGCAACGUGAACGCAGGACACUUGGUGACUAAAGUGCGAGCCUAUGACGCUGAUAUAGGAUAUAACGGCUGGCUGCUGUUCUCACUGCAGCAAGUGACUGACCACAGUCUCUUUGCUUUGGACCGCUAUACAGGACAGAUCCGAACUCUCCGCUCGUUCACAGAGACAGACGAGGCUGAACACAAACUGCUCAUCCUGGUCAAAGACAAUGGCAACGUUUCCCUCUCAGCAACAGCUACUGUCAUUGUCAAACUUGUGGAGCCCAAAGAGGCUUUUGCAGCUUCUGAUGUUCAAAGUGCAGCAGCGGAGGAUGAAGACAGUCACGUGACUUUCUACCUCAUCAUCACUUUGGGCUCCGUUUCCCUGCUGUUUCUCAUCAGCAUCAUCGUGCUGAUUGCAAUGCAGUGCUCCAAGUCCACAGACUAUACUUCCAAAUAUCUGCCAGAGCCCAAUUAUGAUGGAACACUGUGUCACAGCAUCCAGUACAGAUCUGGAGACAAACGCUACAUGUUAGUGGGACCCAGAAUGAGUGUUGGAUCUACCAUAGUUCCUGGAAGUCACGCAAACACACUUGUGCUUCCUGAUAGGAGGAAAACAUCAGAUGAGGUAAGGAAUUUCAUUUAAAGAUGAAAAGGUCUUUGUUACUGUCCAUGGUGCUGAAAUAUGAUUUGGCUGAAAAUAAUCUAUGUCAGCAUCAAUUAUUCUUCUUAUUUUUUUUAUAUUAUUACUGUUGUAUAUCCAAGACAAGUGUGAAGAUUAAAUAGUAGAUGGUAUUUUUUACGUUCGUUGAAACCUUUUAUUUGGAGACUAAACUUAUAGAUAGGGGUCUUGAAAACAUCAAUUUGUUUGCAUCCAUGACUGAAAUGAAGUGAAUUUUGAGUCACUUGGCUUGCUUUCCCUCUAUUUUCUAAAAUAGGUCUGAUUUAACAGCUGGUUUAAGUUGGUUACUGUCUAAAUAAGUAAAGAGAAUUUUGUGGAUUGCUCCAAUAAAAAAAGACAUGUAAAUAUGUAAGUUUAAAGGGCUUUUUUAAAACUUGUUUUAUUGAAAAGAGAUUGUCGCUGUCCUUGAAACUGAAAGUGAUUCUAUGCCAAAUUUUUUUGGAAUUGAAUCCAUUUUUUUGUAUAUUUCUGGUUAAAGAAGUAAUGGUUCGUGAAGUUGAUUAUCGUAAAUCUUAAACUAUUGAAGUUACAUUCAUUUCCAGGCAUUGUGACGUUUCGUAUAUCUUUUUUUUUUUUUUUUUAACAAUAUAAUCUUCCACUGCCAUGCGCGGUCACUUUUUGAGAAUUCCAGCCACCUUAUCCCAGUCAAUACAGUUUACUGUAAACGUGAGGUGUCCAAUAAUUGUGAAUUUUAGAAUGGGUUUGUUGUUGUCGGUGUGCCCUGCAAUGAACUGACGAGAUAUUCAGGUAACACCUUGACUACACAGAAAAAAAUUGGACAAAUUGGAAAGAUGGACAUUUUUUGUAAAAUAAACUUAUAAUCAGAAACUACCUCUAAAUCCCAAACAAUUGACAACGAAACUGUUGUAAAUAGUGAUGAUUGCUAAAUUAUAUUGGGAGGAAAACAUUUUGAGAAAAAAAUAAAAAGAAA